AUGCGAGGAAACUCUGGUCGUCUUCAAGCUCUGUUCUGUAAAGAAGAGAUCUGUUCGGAGUUUAUGCGCAUUACUAUGAAGGACCUGUUGGAUACCUUCAUGAAUGCUCUAGAUGCCUAUUCCAUUCGACUGAUUAAACUCUUCCGGGCCAGAAAAGCUGCCUAUCAUAACGAAAUGGAUCUCCUUCUACAGGUAUCUGACAGCCAGGGACUACCCUUACUCGUUCGGGACACUGCGAGCAAGCUGUUUCGGACAUGCCUGGACACGGACCCAGUUGAGAGUAUCGCCAAGGAUAUGAAGGUUGGAAUCGUCAAAGUUCUGAAGGACUACACCGGACCUGCUGUAGAGCCCACUGUCAUCAAUAUUGCCAUUGUGCUGGAGGAGGACAUUGUUCUUGAUGAGCUGCUUCUGAUGGACUUAUGUAUGGACUCAAUAUGGAAUUUCCAAAGGAUCACAGCCCCUGAAACUACCACCAGCGACGGAUUAACCGACUACCAACAACCCACAUCACCGGAUAAGCCUGCACAAACCACUUGGAAGUCACUAGGAUCACGCCAAUAUAUUUCCAGGAUUGCAUACUACACAGAAUAUGACCGACACCUAGCAGCCGCGGUGGCAGCAGGGAAGACCAUGGCCACUGCCUACAUGGAGCCUAACCUGAACCACUCUUUUCUGGGAGCAAAGUCGCGGCUGAGCACCGGAGCAACGGACCGGACUGUGGCUGGAUCCGCGUCUGGAUCUGUGGACCGGGUCCUCAAAGUCUUCCACUACCACGAGACCAACACCGAACACAGCUGCUGGUAUUCCAACAUUCGAUAUGGAGACGCCACAGAUGUCCGGGGAAUCAUCCAGAAAAUUUUGGACAUCUACAAAGUGCGCUGGACGUCCUGCUUCGGGCUGCGCCUCAGUAACAUCUCUUCUAAGGACCAAGUGCACUGGCUGCACCCGGACUUGGGCGUGUCACAUGUGCGAGAGAAGUACGAACAGGCUCGGCAAAACGAAGAGUGGAGGUAUGAACUGAGGAUCCGAUAUCUCCCAAAGGGCUUUCUUCAACAGUUUACAGAAGACAAGCCAACACUGAACUACUUUUAUCAUCAGGUGAAAUACGACUACAUGACGGAACUCGGAGAUAAAGUGGAACAGGACCUUGCACUCAAACUCGGCUGCUUAGAAAUCAGGAGGUUCUUCAAAGAAAUGCGAGGGAACGCUUUGGAUAAAAAAUCUAACUAUGAACUACUAGAAAAAGACGUCGGUUUGAGGCGAUUUUUCCCUAAAGAGCUGCUGGAUUCAGUUAAGGCCAAAACGCUUCGAAAGCUGAUCCAGCAGACGUUCAAACAAGUGGCCAACCUCAAUGACGAACAGUGCAUCAUGAAGUUUUUGGAGAUCCUGACUCCGGUUUACCGCUAUGACAAAGAGUGCUUUAAAUGUGCCCUGGGGUCCAGCUGGGUGAUCCAGGUGGAGCUGGCUAUUGGACCAGAGGAAGGGAUCAGCUACCUCACUGACAAGGGGUCCACUCCGACCCAUCUAGCAAACUUUAACCAGGUGCAGUCCAUCCAGUACUCGUGCAUGGAGGAGAAGGAGCGAAAAGGCAUGAUCCAACUCAAUGUGGCUGGAGCUGCAGAGCCUCUGACGGUGACCACAGCCUCCCUAACCACGGCCGAAAACCUGGCGGAUUUGAUUGAUGGCUACUGUCGGCUCGUAUCCAUGGAAACGCAUUCCUUCAUUGUCCGGGUCCAGAAAGGUAUAGCGCUGGAUGAUAUUAAAGAGGGAGAGAGAGCUCUACCAUCUCUUCCAAAAGUCCCAGCUGCUGUUUUUGUUUACUUCCUCACCUCAUCUAUCCAGCCAUUCACCCACUUUUCUCUCUCUGUCGUCCGAUUGGUUCAAGAUUUCAUGACUUCGACGCCUCCUAAGCCAACCAAGGCGCGGCGAUUCCUCCUCCCCUUUGUCUUCUGUUCAGUCUCUCCUCCCAAUGAUUAUGAAGACCUAAGAAAGCUAGUUACUGAAACCGACGACUACGCAGAGAUAGUUGAUGAGGAGGAUACAUACACGAUGCCCUCAAUCAGCUAUGGAGUUGUUGAAGCGCGGGACUAUGAGAUCCAGAGGGACAGGAUCGAGCUGGGGCGAUGCAUCGGGGAAGGACAGUUUGGGGACGUUCAUCAAGGAGUCUACAGUCUUCCGGACAAGCCGUCGCUUCCUGUCGCAAUUAAAACCUGUAAAAACUGCACUUCAGACAGCGUUCGAGAGAAGUUCCUCCAAGAAGCGCUGACCAUGCGGCAGUUCGACCACCCACACAUCGUAAAGCUCAUCGGGGUCAUCACGGAGAACCCAGUGUGGAUCAUCAUGGAGCUGUGCACCCUGGGAGAGUUGCGGUCGUUCCUUCAGGUGAGGAAAUACAGCCUGGACUUGGCCUCCCUCAUCUUGUUUGCCUACCAGCUCAGCACCGCUCUGGCUUAUCUGGAGAGCAAGCGCUUUGUGCACAGGGACAUAGCGGCUCGGAAUGUGCUGGUGUCCUCCAUCGACUGCGUGAUGCUGGGAGACUUCGGCCUGUCACGAUACAUGGAGGAUAGUUCUUAUUACAAAGCGUCUAAAGGCAAACUCCCCAUAAAGUGGAUGGCUCCUGAGUCAAUAAACUUCCGAAGAUUUACCUCUGCCAGUGACGUGUGGAUGUUUGGUGUGUGUAUGUGGGAGAUCUUGAUGUAUGGUAUCAAGCCGUUCCAGGGAGUGAAGAACAACGACGUGAUUGGUAGGAUUGAGAACGGCGAGCGAUUGGCUAUGCCCCCUCAGUGCCCGCCCACUCUGUACAGCCUGAUGACCAAGUGCUGGUCGUACGAUCCCAGCAAACGGCCGCGCUUCACGGAACUCAAGACACAACUGAGCACUAUCCUGGAGGAGGAGAAGCAGCAGAUGGAGGAGCGGCUGCGGAUGGAGCAGAGGCGACAGGUCACGGUGUCCUGGGACUCCGGAGGUCCUGACGAAGCACCGCCAAAACCCAGCAGACCCGGAUACCCCAGUCCCAGAUCCAGCGAGGGGUACUUCUCCAGCCCUCAGCACAACCACUUUCAAGCGCCUGGACUCGGAGGAGGCAGCUACCCACAGUCUGAGACUUGGAACCAGCACAGACCAGAGCACACGGCACUUUGGAGCAACAAUAUUGAGGACAAUGGGUGCGUGGGGCAGGUGCUUAUGGAGGAGAGGCUGAUGAUGCAGCAGCAGCAGAUGGAGGACGACCAGCGGUGGCUCGAGCAGGAGGAGAGCUUCAUGCAGAAGACCGAGGCGAGAAACAGCAGAGGGAGCAUCGAACGCGAAGACGGCAGCUUGCAAGCUCCGAGUGGGAGUCAACACAUCUAUCAGCCCAUCGGGAAACCGGAACCUGUGGCUCCUCCCAAAAAGCCUCCGCGGCCUGGUGCUCCUCUCCUGCCCAACCUGAACAGCCUGGCACCGGUGGAGAGCUACAAUGAAGGAGUGAAGCUGCAGCCUCAGGAGAUCAGCCCGCCCCCCACUGCAAACCUGGACCGCUCCAACGACAAAGUGUACGAGAACGUGACCGGUUUGGUAAAAGCCGUGAUCGAAAUGUCCAACAGGAUCCAGCCGGCUGCCCCAGAGGAGUACGUGCCGAUGGUCAAGGAAGUGGGUCUGGCUUUGAGGACGCUGUUGGCAACAGUCGAUGAAACUAUUCCCGUGCUUCCCGCCAGCACACACAGAGAGAUCGAGAUGGCUCAGAAGUUGCUGAACUCUGAUUUGGCAGAGUUGAUAUCGAAGAUGAAGUUGGCGCAGCAGUACGUCAUGACAAGUUUACAAAAGGACUACAAGAAGCAGAUGUUGAUGGCGGCUCACGCUCUCGCCGUCGACGCCAAGAACUUACUAGAUGUAAUCGAUCAAUCGCGACUCAAGAUGAUUACCCAGCCCCGCCCACAUUAG